AAAAGUCUUAACACAAAAAUUACGAGUCCAUAGGUUCAAGAGCAAACGAUAAAAAUUGAAUCUCAAAUUUCCAUUCCGAUUCACUUUCGCCGACAUUUCAGUUUUCAUUUUUCUCCUUCCAAGCACAGCGCCAACAUUCAAUAGUAUACCCAAAUUAUGAUUCACGUGAUCCAUUUCAAAGAUUAAUAAAUUACGUCUUUCAAGUUUAUUGGAACCAUAAUUUCAGUACCACAGACGACCCACCCAGAACGCCAGAUUAUCCCCCUUUGUUUUCUGGGUAUCUCUCUAAUUCGCUGCUCUUGGGAGUUUUGAUUGGCAGUGUAUUGGUUUAGACUACUAGUUGCAAUAGGUUGAGAUGGAACAAAAAAUGGUCAUGUUUUGCAGAGUACUGCAGCAUAUGGAGGACACAGGCAAUAGAUUAAUUUACUUUCACAUCAGUGAUAAAGAGAUGCACGAUAGGUCAUUUACUUGAUUCUCCAGAAAAGAAAUCUGAAUUUUCUCCACAUGCAAGGAACUAACUACUCCGUUGCACUUCAAUCAUAUUCAAAUGACUGUGUAAUGAUCAACCAUGAUGUGAAUAACAUGUGUCCAGAAAUUGGAGGUUAGGAAGAGUGUGCUAGUGCUUCUAUCAGCAGUGGAAGAAAUCUACUACCAGAGGAGGAGAACGCCACCUUUUUCAGAUCCAUGACAGAGUGGAUAGGUACACAGAGGCCUGACCUAAAAUUUGAUGAAUUGUCAGGGGACAAACAGAAACAACUAGUUGCAGAUCUAGUGAAGAUACAACGUGAUGGGACUGUAGAAGUUGAUAUAGAGAAUGCCCCUGCUGCUUCGGAACUGUUAAAGCUUCAUCCUACCUUGGAAGGGUCAUCACCCAUAGUUGAUGACGUUGUUUCUGAGUCCAAAAAACUGAUUCCAAGGUUGAAGAUUGCAAUACUUGUGGUUGGAACAAGAGGAGACGUGCAGCCUUUCUUAGCCAUUGCAAGGAGGCUUCAGGAAUUUGGCCAUCACGUUAGGCUUGCCACUCAUACUAAUUUCAGCAACUUUGUGAGGUCUGCUGGUGUUAACUUUUAUCCUCUGGCUGGCGAUUCUCGUGAAUUGGCUGAAUAUAUGACCAGAAACAGAGGUUUCAUUCCAUCUGGACCGGGAGAAAUAUCUGUCCAAAGGAAGCAUCUUAAGGUGAUUAUAGAGUCCACACUUCCUGCUUGCACUGAACCAGAUCCAGAUACUGGGAUGCCUUUUAGGGCUCAGGCAAUUAUUGCAAAUGCUCCUGCUUAUGGUUGUGCUUGUUUGAUUUGGGUUGCAGGACAUACACAUGUUGCUGAAGCACUUCAUGUACCGUUACAUAUCUUCUUUACAAUGCCUUGGACGCCAACAAAUGAGUUUCCUCAUCCACUGGCACGUGUACCCCAAAAUACAGGCUAUUGGCUUUCUUAUAUCAUUGUGGAACUAUUGAUAUGGUGGGGAAUAAGGGGAUCCAUUAACGAGUUCAGGAGGAAGAAGUUGAAUCUUCCACCAAUUGCAUAUUUUAGUACAUAUCGUGGAUCAAUUUCUCAUUUGCCCACUGCCUAUAUGUGGAGUCCCUCUGUUGUGCCAAAGCCAAAGGAUUGGGGGCCUCUAGUAGAUGUUGUUGGAUAUUGUUUCCUGGACCGUGGAUUCAAGUAUCAACCUGAAGAAUUGGUCCUCAAGUGGAUUAAAAAAGGAACAAAACCCAUAUAUGUAGGAUUCGGGAGUAUGCCUCUUGCCGAGCCUCAGAGAACAACUCAUAUCAUAUUGGAGGCCUUAAAGGAUACAGGGCAAAGAGGAAUACUUGACCGGGGUUUGGGAGGCCUAGGCAAUUGUACAGAACUUCCUGAAGAUGUACUCCUUAUACAAGACUGUCCUCAUGAUUGGUUAUUUCGUCAUUGUUCAGCUGUGGUUCAUCAUGGUGGUGCUGGAACUACAAGCACAGGACUUAGAGCUGGGUGCCCAACGACCAUAGUACCAUUCUUCGGAGAUCAAUUUUUCUGGGGUGAGACAACUCAUCAGAAAGGCCUUGGACUUGCACCGAUUCCUAUAUCUCAGCUAAACCCCACGAAUCUGUCGAAUGCGAUUAAUUUUAUGCUCCAACCUGAGGUUAAACGUCGAGCAACCGAAAUAGCAAAAAUUAUCGAUAGCGAGGAUGGUGUUGUGGCAGCUGUUAAUGCAUUUCAUCAUCAUUUACCUUCAGAGCUGCCUCUUCCACCUGCAUCUGAAGAGGAUGAAGACUUUGCGAACCCUCUGCAAUGGUUGCUUCUAAAAGUGGAAAAGUGGUGCUGCGUUCCUUGUGGUCUUAGGCUUUGAUCUCCACUGCCAUUUGAAGUUUAGGUACAACAAUGUAUUCUUUUCAUUCUUAGCCUUUUUUGUAUUUCAUUCAUUCAAAUAUCUAAUUAAUAAAACUUGUUUGAUGAAAAAUAAAACAUCAUAUUCUUGUAGUAUUGUCUUCUCAGUGGUAGUUCAGAAUAAGCAAAAGGUAGAAAGUUUGGUAUUUAGUGAAAUAGUAUUCUUUGACAAGCACUUGGAAUUCUCAAAAUAUAGAUGAAGUACAUAAACUGAUUGUAGCUAGAA